UAGUGAACUGUAAUCAUUCUUUACAUGUUCUGAAAAUAAGUCUUUUACCAAAUAUAUACUUUGCACAUGUUUUCUCCUGUCUGUGAAGUCUAUACGCAACCAUUUCCUACACUGCUUCUCAAUAUUUAUUGAAAUAAGUGAGAAACUUCUGCAAGGCAGUGACUCCUUCCUACUAGAAAUUGUGGGUUUUAAAGUUAACAAAAGGUAAGAAAACCCUGUUGACACUUUUGUUUGAAGUCUGAAAGUUCACACGUUCACUACUUAUCAAAUCGCCUCCAUUUUGGUAGAGAACAGAACAGUCCUUUCUUGGAUUUGAAGAAUGGAAGAGGUCACCAGUGUGAUUACCUCUGAAAUCUCUGUCUUUACUAGCCAUUGAAGAUAACUAGAUAACUCUCAGCUGUGGGUCACUUGCCCUAAAAGGUACCCUGUUUUUAAUUUUCUAGUUGUUUUGUUUCAUUAUGGAGAUAGACGGUUUUCAGCAGUUAGACCUAGAGAAGAGUGUACCUUCCAAAAAGACUACUCCUAGAAGGAUUAUCCAUUUUGUUGACGGAGACAUCAUGGAAGAAUAUAACACAGAGGAAGAGGAGGAAGAAGAAAAAGAGGAACAAGAGGAGCAGAGCAUAAAUUCAACACUUGACCCUUCUAAACUUUCUUGGGGGCCCUACCUACGAUUUUGGGCAGGACGAAUAGCAAGCACCUCAUUUUCUACAUGUGAGUUCCUUGGUGGAAGGUUUGCUGUCUUCUUCGGUCUUACUCAACCUAAAUAUCAGUACGUGUUAAAUGAGUACCACAGGAUACAAAACAAGAAACGUGACAACAAAAGUGAAGGGAAUGGAUCAAAGGCACAGGCAGCUGAGGUUCCUAAUGAGAAGUGUCAUUUGGAGGCUGGGGACCGAGAGUAUGGGACCAUACAACGGGAUGCAGCAGAAGCCAUUCUUCAGUGAAGCACGUCAUCCAGGGAGGGUCUGGUGGCAGAGCCCAGCUCAGGAUGGCAGCAAAGACUAUAGUUUCCCUGGAUCUCUGUUCCUUGGCCAUUGGUUACCAUAGCAACAGCACCGCAGGUAGCACUUCUGAACCAGAUCUGAUCCUAAUCUCCAUGUGACUUAGUCUCAAGCAUCCAGGAAUUACAAGCAAUAAUGAGUGUAAUUUUGGACACUUUCUCAGUAUAAUUUUUAUGUGCAGGCCAACCCAUCUCAAGUCCACCCCAGUGAUACAAGUCUCACGAGUACUGACAUUUGCACAGUAGCAUAAAUGCCUUACAGGAACUGUGGGACUGGGAGUUUGGGGCUGAAAUUCUGUCAUGGGACUAGGGUACAGUAAAGAAGCUCUAUCCCUGAGAAGAAAAUCUGGGCACUGCAAAAUCUAAAUAACUCCCCGUUCGGGGUUUGCAUAGGUGUGUACUUCCAAACAACCACCUGGCUUAGCCGGUUAAUGUUUUACAGUAAGUAAACAUUGCUAAUAGCUCUGUUACAGGUUCAUUAUCAAGGU